AUGGGGCUUCUUGGAGGUCUGUCGAUGCUUCUUGUGAUAUGGUUGUUCUGGUUGCCGCAAUUAGGCAGUGCUCAGUUGUCUGGUUCUGCUCUGGCAGCUGCACGGUCUCUGGAUGCACUUCUCCAAGAUUAUGCUUAUCAAGCAUUUGGUCGACGACCCAAAACUGGGGUGGUAUACGGGGGAAGUGUCCCCUCGAAUUUGACAGGGAUUAAGGUUUCUGCAUUGAGGCUUAGGAGUGGCAGCUUAAGGAGUAAAGGUGUCACCUAUAACGAGUUUGAAAUACCUGUUGAAGUUAUAGUGCACCCUUAUGUUAAGAGGCUUGUCUUGGUCUAUCAAAACUUGGGCAAUUUGUCUAUGAAGUAUUAUCCUUUAUCUGGGUACAUGUAUUUAGCUCCCGUUCUUGGUCUUCUUGCUUAUGAUGCAACAAACCUGUCAGCCACGAACUUGCAGGAGUGGAAUAUUACGGCAUCUGAUAAGCCCAUCUCUAUAAGGUUUCCAGACGUGAAAUCAGUGCCUGGUGGAUCUACUGCAAAGUGUGUUUCAAUUGAUUUAAAAGGUUCUGUUAAUUUCAGCAAUGUGUUAUCCGACAACAUAUGCACAACGUUCCAGCAGGGCCAUUUCUCUAUUGUGGUCGAGUCCAUUGCUCCUUCUCCUGCCCCAGUGUUUCCUCCACCACCGCCACCAGCAGGAGCGCCAAAACAAGCACAGGCACCAAGUUCCGAGGGUAAGAAAUCCAAAAAGGUUGGGAUCAUAGUUGGGUCGGUGGUAGGAGGAUUGGCACUGUUGGUUCUGUUAGCGUUUCUUAUAGUCUGGGUGUGCAAGUACAAACGCAAGAAGAAAAUGCAACAGAUGGAAAGGGCUUCGGAGGUCGGGGAAGCAUUGCAAAUGACCAGGGUUGGAAGCACGAAAGCGCCUGCUGCUACUGUAACAAGAACUCAACCAACACUCGAGACCGAAUACAUGCCCUAG